GAAAAGAGGCAAAAAAAAAGAGUUCCAAACUCCACACACCACAAAAGAGAGUUCAUUUCCAUAGAAAUGGGCAAUAGCUUAAGGUGUUGUUUGGCUUGUGUUCUUCCUUGUGGAGCUCUAGACUUGAUCCGAGUAGUUCAUUUGAAUGGCCACGUAGAAGAAAUCACAGGUCCAAUCACAGCUGCUGAAGUCCUUAAGGCAAACCCUAAUCAUGUUCUAAGCAAACCUUCUUCUCAAAGUGUUGUUCGAAAAAUCUUGAUUCUCUCCCCGGAAUCCGAGCUCAAAAGAGGCAGCAUAUAUUUCUUGAUUCCAUCUUCUUCAAUGCCCGGUGAGAAGAAAAAAGGUGGUAAUAAUUGUAGCCACAAGAGCAAGUCUUCAUCAAAGAAAAGCAAAAAAUAUUGCAACAUUAAUAAGGAUGUACAAGAUUGUGAUCGUCACCUAAACGACUUAGUCUCGGAAAAGAAACCCUCUCGUCGUGAUCGCCGGACCAGUCGUGUCAGAGUAUGGCGGCCUCAUUUACAAAGCAUCUCCGAGGACUAUCAAGUUUUGUCCGGUUCUGGAUUUUGACGUUCCCCAGAGGAGGCAAGAGGGUGCAAUUAUUUGCAACGGGGACGUUUUCUGCUGAACGUGGUGGGGUUAAUAGUUUUUCCUUUUUCCUCUUUUUUGUGUAUAAAUUUUUAUAUUUUGAUUUUAGUUUUCCUUCUUCGAUCUGCGUAUAAUAAUGGCAGGUUGAGGAUUUCAAUAUUCAUCGGAUCACGAUCCGUUUGUUUUAAUGUUCAAGUAAAUUAUUUGAUGAAGAAAGAAAAAAAGUUUGUGAUGAUGAAAUAUUUCGCAUUU